AUGCGUCUCAGUCUUAUCACUCUCUUUGCUGCCCCCUUCGCGGCCAUGACAUCUGCUCAUACUGUCAACUGCUGGGGAAAGGCCCUGCACCCCGAGAAAAACGAUCUCGAAACCAUCAUCCGUUAUGUCAACAAGCGGAUUGCCAUCGCGAAGGAAGCAGGCACAUGGAUAAACGAAGUUAUCCAUCCCAACAGCUGCGUUUAUAUCGCCUGCGUCAAGGACUUGGCCAUCAGCGUCCGAGCAUGCAAUAUCGGCAAACAAACCAUUCGCCCUUCCCUGCAAAACGUUGCCAACACCAUGAACGUGAUAUUGAAUGAUUGUACUGAAGAGUACGACGGCAAAAAGGUUUCUGGUGGCGUUGUUGACCACCCUGAUGGAUACCAGCUUAUUGUCCAGGAGGAUGAUACAUGCAAGUACUAG